GUCAGAGUGAAGACGCUCAAGCAGAGAAAUCACGCACACUCUCACUCACGCUCUCACUCGCGAAGGCUCUUUGUGAAUGAGCAUCUUAAACAACAACACGGAGAUUUACGCACUACUUUUACGCACGGAGAGGAUAUUUGGACGCGCCGGACUUCAUUCAAGAGGACUUGUCAACAAUUGAAGCUCUGAUUUUAUCGUUUGGAUUGGCGUUUAUUUUAUUUUUAGUGAUUUUAUUUCAUUUUUUAAAUAUUAGAAGUAACUCCCCAUCCUUUAUUCGCGGACCUCCGCGCACCUGCGCGACCAUGGUUCGAGUCAUCAUCACACGUCUAGCCUGAGUGUGAGUCAUCAUUACGGUGAGGUUGGAUUACCCGAGGCUCGGCGGGGAGCGUGGACGCCGAGGUGCUCAAUGCCCAGCCGGUCGCCGGCGGCUCCUCUGGCUGGGCGGCAACAUGAGGUCGUGGAUCCCGCUGCUGCUCCUGGCGGUGCGCCUGAGCCUCGCCGGCGCUGAGGGCGAUCCACUCCCUGCGUCGCUGGUCGACCUGGUGAGGAACUCUCCCGUCUCCUCUGUGGACGACUUAAAGCUACUUCUGCAGCGUGAAGCAGGUGCAAUAGAAAAAGAAGACGAUCCCAGCAUUCUCACAAACCAAACCCACGGACGCCAUACCAGAAGCAUCGUAGAGGCAGAAAUCGCCCAGCAGGCAGUGUGUACAGUUCGGACCGAAGUGAUGGAGGUGACCCGUUCCAUGCUGGACCGUCGCAACGCCAACUUCAUGCUGUGGCCGCCCUGUGUGGAGGUGCAGCGAUGUUCGGGUUGCUGUAACAGCAAACUGCUGCAGUGCGUCCCCACCGUCACCUCCAGCAGAUACCUGCAGGUGAUAAAGAUCCAGUACAUCAACAGGAAGGCCCACUACGACAAAGCCAUCAUCUCGGUGGAGGAUCACCUGGCGUGCAGGUGCCAGCCUUCUUCGCCCAACCCACCGCCGCUUACCUCGCCAUCCCAGCCUCUGGCACCUCUUCCGCGGGCAGCCCACCCUGCCCCGCUUAAGCCCCACGGCUCCAAGGCCGACCUCCACCGCCUCGAUGACCUGAAGCACAACCAGCGACUCUACAACAGCGAGGAGCAGGAAGCGGCUCCGAGGCAAUGGCCGCAGGGAGGAUACACUCAACUGGUGCACUGGACGCAGCCCAGAACACACCUGUCGGUCAACAGCUGGCGCUCGGACGGAGAAGCCAGAAUUCCACCGCAGGUCGGCCAGGGAAGUGGGAACGAGGGCAGUCGAGAGGAUGACGGCGGAGUUCAUCGUCAGCGGUCGCCGUUCCAGAGAGACGACGUCGAAGAUUCCAAGGAUCAGAAUCUUCGGACGCAAUAUCGACUCAACGCCCCUCAGUCAGACAGCGCCUCCAUUCCCAGCCCGACCCAGUCCCCCCGUUCAGAAGAACCCCCUGCCCCAGUUUUGCACAUUUCCAUCAUCCACAAAGACUCGGUGAAUGGUCGACCAAACGUGGAGGCGACGCAGACACACCCGAGGACACAAGCGGACCGUCAAACCGGGAAGAACAUUGAGUCGGCCAAUCAGGGCGAGGCUAUAGACUUGACGCUGGCCAAUGGAGGAGGUCAGCUCACGGAAGAGGAGAGGAGGCAGAAAGUUCUGGAGGUGGUUCAGAGCGAGCUUGACCAGCCUACUCAUCUUCAUCCUCAGCAAAGACCAAAAGCAGCGCUAGUGACGGUGGCCCCGCCUUCCAGCCGUCAGACCCCUUUAAGGCCCGUGUCUCCCCGUCGUAGGCGGAAACAUCGCAAACGCAUCAGCAAGACAGCAAUGAGGGCCAUGAUCAUGUAGAGUUGAGGUGCAGGGAUUUUUGAAGCAAAACCAAAGGCCGCGAGGCCCAGAAAACAAGCUCCAAAGGGUGCAUGGACACACUGGACCUUACUAGUGAGGGACCCGAUACACACUGGAUAAAGACUGGACACGCACUAGACGCGGGUGGACCGAAAUAUAUAUAUAAAUGAAAAGUGCAAUCUUACGAACUCCUUGAUUCACAGGAACUGUGUCACACUAAACACUGGAUGGACUUGGGGCCACAUUGAGGAGCACCCACCUAACGCGCUCACGUUGUACAACUUCUGCCUAACAUGGACAAAAAUACAUAAAAGUAGUCUUAAAGACGAAGCUUGUUGGCGAAACGCUGUCAGACAGUUGAUAGAACGACAAUGUCAAAUAUGUAGAAAGGCUUUGAUUUCUUAACUUAUUUCAAAACAAAAAGGAGGAUAAUCAAAUCCUUCAGUUCUCAAGUGUAAUUAUUAUGAUGAGUGAGAUUAUUAUUGUUAAUAUUAUUGCCAUUUCAGGUGAAAGGAACUGUCGGUUGUACACACUGUAACUGUAAUGAAUGUUAUUUUUCAUAGAAAAUAAAAAAGUACAACGGAUAUGUGUGCUAUUCUGUGCGUG